AUGCCGCUCUUCGGAAAGUCCAACAACAACUGGUCAGAGAACCCCGAGGUCCGCGAGGUCGAAAAGCGCGUCGCCAAAGAAACACACGAGGACCAGAAAAACCUCGACCACGCCCUCGGCGACCUCUCCAAAGCGGACAACACCCACAACAAGAGCAUCAAGAGCGUCGACAAAGCCCACCACAACCUCGACAAGUCCGUGCAAAAGGAGCACAAGACCGCUCAGGCCCUCGACAAGGCCACCCACAGGCACGACGUAGCAGUCACCAACGCCAAGAGCGCAGAGAAGACCGAGCAGAUGAGCAGGGAAUACGCGACGCGUAUCGAGCAGGACCUCGAGGAGAAGCGCCAGCGCGUGGAGGACCUCCGCCAGCAGAAGGCGCACAACGACCAAAUCCGAGAGACCAGGCUCUCCGAGAUCCACGCCCGAGAAGCAGCCAUCGCCGACACCCGCUCGAGCUUCGACGCAGGCGCCGUCCCCGCAGGCGUCGAAGGGCCCAGCAUCCAAGCAGCCGCGAGCGGGGGCCCGGGCGCGCCCGCCGGCGCUGCGGGUGCCCCAUCUGCUUGA